GCGAGAGAGCGGGGCCGGCGGGGCGCGAUGGCGGAGGGCGGGGACCCCCCCGCCCCGGGCAGCGCAGGUCGCAACCUGAAGGAGUGGCUGCGGGAGCAGUUCUGCGACCACCCGCUGGAGCACUGCGAGGACACCCGGCUGCACGACGCGGCCUUCGUGGGGGACCUGCCCACGCUGCGCAGCCUGCUGCAGGACGAGAGCUUCCAGAGCCGGAUCAACGAGAAGUCGGUGUGGUGCUGCGGCUGGCUGCCCUGCACGCCCCUGCGCAUCGCCGCCACUGCCGGCCACGGCCCCUGCGUCGACUUCCUGCUGCGCAAGGGGGCCGAGAUCGACCUGGUGGACGUCAAGGGGCAGACAGCUCUCUACGUGGCCGUGGUCAACGGGCACCUGGAGUGUGCCAAGAUCCUGCUGAAAGCCGGCGCUGACCCCAACGGGAGCCGGCACCACCGCAGCACCCCGGUGUACCACGCGGCACGGGUGGGGCGCGCCGACAUCCUGCGGGAGCUCAUCAGGUAUGGCGCGGACGUGGACGUGAACCCCCAGGCGGCGUCGCGCGGGCCGGGGCAGGCGCUGCGGCCGCUGACCACGCUGGUGGUGUGUCCCCUGUACAUCAGCGCUGCCUACCACAACCUGCCCUGCUUCCGCCUGCUGCUCCAGGCCGGAGCUGACCCGGAUUUCAACUGCUGCGGGCCCAUCAACGUGCGGGGCUUCUCGCGGGGCUCGCCCGUGUGCGUGCUGGACGCCGUGCUGCGGCACGGCUGCGAGCCCGCCUUCGUCCGCCUCCUCAUCGACUUUGGGGCCGAUCUCAACCUCGUCAAGGUGGAGGCCUUGGGGGUCGAGGCCACGGGGAGGGUGAAGGUGAACGCCGAGGCGCUGGAGGUGUUCAAAGAAGCGAGGGGCCGUGCCCGGAGCCUCUUGUCUCUGUGCCGCAUAGCUGUGCGGAGAAUCCUUGGCAAAUCCCGCCUGGAUCUGAUCCACAGCCUUCCCAUCCCAGACCCCAUUAAACAGUUUUUACUCCAUGAACACAGUUAAAGGGCGGCUGGCUGCUUUUGGGGACAGUUUGACUUGGUAAAUGAGUGCCCUGACAGAGCCAGGUGCCAAUCCUGCCUUUUUUCCCCUCAUGGAGUGCACAUAAUUCCCUGCUCCUGUGGAUUUUUUUUUCUCCUCCAGAUUUAGGGUGCAGUGAUUCAGUGUCUUAUCUCCUUGGGGAGAGGCUGCUAAACGUGUGUGGCUGUUGCUGGAGCAAAUACAAUAUAUCCUGUGGCUGUUGGCAAACGUGUAACUUCUGUUACUGAUCUGUGUCACACACACACCUGGGGUCUCUGUGGCAUUUCUGUGAGGGGAAACUGUCCCUACUUUACUAUUUUUCCCAUCACAGCAGAUGAAAACAGAAGUUCCUACCUACAUUUUACUCCAUAUUCCAUGGUAAGACCAGAGAAAAACCACCCAGAUCCACGCAACGGGUCUGUUUUGUUUGCAUCGUGGAAAAGGGAGAAAAAAGGGGUUUUUUGGAGGAGUUGUGAGAUUUUGUGCUUCUAAUCACAGUGUUGCAUCCAGCAGCCUGGGCUCCUUUGACUUCCAGUGCCUCUUCAUGCCACAAACUCCCAGAAGAGUCAUUCUGCAGGGAGUCAGCAGCCUUUUGUUGGGGUCUCAGGGUCAGCCAGUGAUGUGCUCAGUGCAGAGGAAUCGUUGUCAAAACAGCAACUUUAGGAGGACAGAGAUGAUGGUGCCUCAGGAUCUUGGGAAAAAUCUCAGGUGAUAAUUGGUACUUGCUUUAACUUUUCCGAUUCAAGUAAAGUCACUGUGUUAUAAGUUAAUUUUUUUUUGGAUGAUUUUUCUUUGCUAGCUCUUCUUCCCAUGCUCAUCCAACUGGCAAAAGUAAUUUUUCACAUGUGACCUUAAAGAUGAGAGAAUCCCAGCUUGGUUUGGGUUGGAAGGGACCUCAAAGCUCACCUAGGUCAUGGGCAGGGACACCUUCCACUAUCCUGGGUUGCUCCAAGCCCUGUUCCUGGACCCUGUAGGGCCUCAACCUUGGUUCCAAAAUGUUCUUUUCCCAGAGACGUAAAUAAAUGCAAAAGCCAACCAAAGCAGAGGAUAUUUCCAGACCUUCUUCAGGUGAGGUGCAGUGGAGUGGAGCUGUGGGCAGGUGAGGAGGGGCAGUUCUGCACCAUUCCCUUCCCAGGCCUGCAGCUGGUUUUGGUUUUCCCGGUGCUGGCAGCGAGUUGUGCACUGGCUUUAUAGAGGUGUGAACAUGCCUGGGAGAUGCAAACAGGUUGUAAAGCCUCUUGGCACCUGGCUGGGGGAUCCAUAAUGGUUUGCAGGAGCUCACUGUGCUCCUGAGCUCCAGUAUGGGGAGGCAGAAAAUGAGAUGGGCUCGCUUGAGAAAGUGCCACGGGAACAGCUUUUGGGGUGGGUUUUCCCUGAGGAUUUUUAGUUGGUUUGUAAAUGGGACCCCCAGUUGGGGUGAAGGUGGUAGGAUGGAUGUGGGGAGAGCUGGAAGGACCCACAAGGAUGAUCCAGUCCAGCUCCUGGCCCUGCACAGACACCCCAACAAUCCCACCCUGUGCACCCCUGAGGGCAAUGUCCAAAUGCUCCUGGAGCUCGGGCAGCCUUGGGGCUGGGACCAUUCCCUGUUCCUGUGCCCAGGCCCCCUCUGGGUGGUGGUUCCACCUGGAAUGAGCUGCAGUGAAUGAGCUGAUAUUCCUCAGUGGGAAUGUCACAGGGUGGUCCAAAGAAAUUGAGAGAAUGGUCUGUAAUUAAAGCUGAGCCUGUAACAAUGUUAAUUAGAGAGCCCGUCCAAAGGAUUCCCCUGAGCAUGGAUCUCUCCAGGUCUAAGGAUGGUUCUCCCAGCCCAGCAGCCAACCAGCCUGAGGUUCGUCAGUGACUUGGAGAUGUGCAGAAUCGAGGCUUUGGAGUGCCUGCAUCAUCCAUCCAGCUUCCAUCUUCACUGAGGGACUUUGCCUCUGGAAAUGGCCAAACCUUUGGCUUGAGGGCCUGGAAUGAAUCCAACCUGGGGACAACUCACAUGAAAUUAAGCUGUAAGUGCACAGGAUUCUGUUGGAAUGGAGUCCCUGUGGAGACUGGUUGCUGUGUCUACUUAAACCCAGCUUUGCUGAGCUGGUUAAUUAUACAGAGAAUUUGAAAUUUUCACUCUAGAGAGAUAAUAAUCUUGAAAUAGAUUCAGGAUAUUCAUAGACUUCAUUGUCCUGUCCUAUAGGGCACAACCCUGCAUCCUGUGCCUUACCCUGUCCUUUUAAACCCAGGAAACAAUAGUCUUCCAGUAUGAAAUCUCAAUAAUUGAUGCCUUUCUAUCCUUUCACACUAUAUAAACAACAUUUCUUUUUGCCUUAGCUUGGACUUCACCAUUCCCUCCUAUGCAGCAAAGCAAUCCAUUUUGUACAGGUGUUUUUCCCCAUGUUGUCCAUUGGGCAUGCUCAGAUAAUGUGAGUAAAAAUUGAGUUUUGUGAAGCUAUGGGGUGAGAAAUGAAAUAUUCCUGCAGUGUACAUCCCAUCCAUUGAAAAAUGCCCAUAAUAUUUGUGCAGUAUAUGCCAAGAGUGUGUGGCCUGGCCUUGCUGGAAGCUUGAAUGGGCCAGGAUCAGAAGAUUUGGGAAAUGCUUGAAGUACCAAACCAGGUCUGGAAUCAGCCAAGCAGCUCCAAAGCUGUCUGUUCACAUUGGCUUUCCUGUCUUUGUUGCUAGGGGAGGAUUUCCAGGGCAUGGGAUGCUGGUAGCUGGGAUCCCAAUAGAAUUUCAUGCUCAGUUUGCAAAGGGUGAGGGAAAGACAUCUGUUGGGUUGAAGUGGUUUUUUGGUUGGUUUUGGAGGUUGGUUUGUUUGUUUCUUGUUUUUCAAUCCCUGGAGUCAAGUAAAGCCCUUUUACCUCA